AGCACCACAACACUCCGGCGUUGUGCUUGACUUGUAGCAGUGUGCAUGGAGGACGUCGGAUGGUUCGCUCUGGGUUUUUUUAUUCACAUUAGUUACUGAACUCAUUUAAUAACAGAAGUAAUAUUAUUCAAGUCCGUGGAUGCUUAUUUUUACCCGGAUGAUGUCAGUAGUAUACUGAAAACGGAUGAUUUACAAAGUUUAAAAACUUUUUGUUGAGUGAAUUUAUUUUCACUUUCAAUAUAAUUUCAAGAUGCAUCCAACAUCAUUGACAGCCAGUUCGAAUUCUGCUUUUAGUAAAUUGAACUCUGGAAAUGAAAAACUAGAAACACAGAGUGGAGAAUUGACAGAUGUUUCCAGUGUUUCAACGGAAAAAUCACCCCCGUCUUUAAUACAAUGUUCAUCGAAAUUAUCAUCUUCAUCGUCAUCAUCGGCAGGACAGAAACAAGUGCUAAAAUUCAGUGUGGAUUCGAUAAUGUCAGAAAAGACAUCCUGCUCCAAUAUUCUCCAGGAGGACCGAGAACAAUCGGAUUCUCCCCACUCUGUCAGUUCCGAUGAGGGAAGUUGUACGGACUCCCCAAAAAUUACCACAUCUUCCAUGGGACCUUUCAGUAUGGAGGGAAUAUUAAGCAAACAUCACUCUAUAAUGAGAAGUUCGGACAAUGCCAAUGCAACUUCCUCAAUCAUGUCCCACGUCCCGUCGGAAGGACGCUGGCCCGGGUUUUACACGGCGGCGUCAUUCCCCUGGCUCCCCGGGGCAACAUUGUCACCUCCUAAAGGUCCUACCAGUCCGGCAAGGAUAAAUCCACAGAAAUGCACGCUAAGGAAACACAAAACCAACCGAAAGCCACGAACACCAUUUACGACGUCACAGCUUUUAGCUUUGGAAAGAAAAUUCAGACAAAAACAGUACUUAUCCAUAGCAGAAAGAGCCGAAUUCUCAGCAUCAUUAAACCUUACAGAGACACAAGUGAAAAUCUGGUUUCAAAACCGACGAGCAAAGGCAAAACGUUUGCAUGAGGCAGAAUUAGAGAAAUUGAAGAUGGCGUCCAAACCGAUGCUACCUCCACACAUAGGAGUUACAUUUCCCGCCGCCGCCGCACUGUAUAAUGGACAUUUCGGAAGACCUCAGGGUUUUCCACAAUCUAUGAUGUCUCCUUUUAGUUAUUCUUUACCUGCUGGCGGUAGCUUAGGCAUGGUUUACCAUCAUUAGCAUUUGCUGAUUUCGGGACAAACAGUAGUUGUUGACAACUUAAGCCCAGAUAUAACGGACCAACAAUGACCUUCAGCUCCCAGUUGGUCAACGUUAUUGACCUCCGCUCAUAUGAAAGUCGAACAAGCGUGACAUUCGUGAGUAAAGACUUUCAUCACGGAUGUACUCACUUUGAACGUGAAGGACAAUUAUCAUACCUAGAUAACGGGGGACCCGCGGGUACAGAGUUGUACCAAACCUUAAGUCAGGUUUCCUCGGUAGGUGUGUCGCAUCGGUGUAGCUAGGGAGGGACGCGAGGCAAUAUGACAGAGACUUUGUGUCAUCGUACCACAAAAGUGUUCAACUGUGCAGGCGUUCAAGGUCAGAGCACAAAUAGGCUCGUGUCAAAGGUCAAGGGCAUAUUAAAAGACAAUUGUCAAAAUAUCGAGAAAUCAAAGCAUACAAUGAUAAUUGAACUAAAAACUCAGGGUAGAAUGUUUGCCAAAAUAUUGUAUUUGGACUUACACGUGAAAGUGCUGCUUUGAAUAUACCAAUAUUUCAGCAUUAUUCAUUAGAACUUUUUUUUUUUAAAUCAUGACUUAAUAACAAUGGUUUGCAGUAAUACAAUUCUUACUACGGACACUGAACUUUUCUCGAAGAUAAUUAUUUGAAUCAAUGAAUGAGAAACGAACUAUUCCAGGAAAUAUUUUAAACAAUUACUUCUGAAGGACAAUUUAUCUCUCCUGUUGUUGACAUAAUAAACCAUCACUACAGCAUCAAUGCGAAUUGAUUGACAAUAUGUGGAUGCUAACUUCCGGUUAUCAGUUUGUUCUAAUUAGAAGCUGGUCGCCUGUUUCCGGUCGUCGUGAGGGGAAGUGUAUCGCCAGUGUUGAAACCGAGGCUGUUUAAAUGUCUACUUUCACACCAAGGUAUGCCAGCAUGCCAAUAGGUGAGCAAAACACAAGCAGUCAUUUUGUGUAUGAUUAUUAUUUAUGUGUAAAAAGGAUUAUUUAUGGAAUUUUCUAUUCUAAAUUCUAUUCUCAAAAAUCAAAAACAAUUGUUGUGUACUAUUUGAAUGAUAUCUAUAUAUAUUAUAUUAAAUAUGACAA